CUCCCCGCCUGCAGGUGCCACAUGCGCGCCUGCCACCAUCGAACAUCGAACAUCCACCACCUCUUCUCUCCUCGUACCUACCUAGGUACCUCAGACAUCCUCACGUUACAUCGUCGACUUUGACCAUCAAUAUCGCUCAAACUCCCUAGUCUCCCAAGCCUGGAACAGCUGCGAUAUCAUCAGCUAUACAUCCAUAUUGACAUCCAUCUCCUUCCUUGUCCGUUAUUCAUCCGCGUCUUGAGCCAGACCAUGUCCAUUCCCACACGCUACUAGGCCUGGCCUGCGACACCGGGCAUUCGAUCCAACUCCACACCCGCCUGCCCGGGUUGGCCUCGUCAUUUGUAUUCCAUGUGGUCAUAUCUCUACCUGCACAACAUCCUCUGAUCCUCCAACCAGCCUUGUGAAUGGCCGAAUCUUCCGAUGAACAGGCUGGCGCCGCAGCCGCCGUCGACUCGCUCCUCCCCUGCGAUGCCUGCCGCAGGAGAAAGGUCAAAUGCUCAAAGUCAGAGCCAUGCGACCGAUGUCUGUCUACCGGCCUCAGGUGCACAAGGGACAUCGCUCGCAAGAAGAGAGGACCCAAGAAAGGCUCUGGCUCAGUCAUUGCAAAACUGAGAGAUGAGACCCUCCACGCCUCCAUCCAGGAUUCCAACCUCCCACCCUUUGACCUGUCGACUUUGCGUCUUCAGAUGUCUGCUUUGAACAGGACACUAUCAAACGACAGCCCUAUCCCUUCUCCUUUGUCAUCUCCAUCCAGUUCUCACUUCGGAGACACCUACCUCCAAACCUCAGACACCUCAGUACUGCCCAUGCCCAGAUCUAUCCCCCUCGACAUGCAGAAUGGCAACCAGUUUGAACCCAUUGCUCAUACCGCCUUUGCUCAGGGUGGAAUCCAUCUUCCUGCUUCCUGGCAGAUGCAGCCUUCCGAACAACUUCUCUUCCAGCCUCCCAUCUCUCCUAGUGGCUAUCUAUCCGUCAGCGAUCUUGCACAGCAGAUCUUCCCAGACAGUAUGCCCACUUCGACUCAGAGUCAGCCUGCCAUGUCGCCUCAAACAUACGUUCAACCACCAUCGAGAACUUCGACUCCUCUGAUCCAUGCGAAUUCCAUCGACGCCAUGUUGAAGCCCACCCCCGUGUCCCCCUCCACGACAACCACCAGUUCUCCAAUGCCUCAGCAUGGCCCAAAGUACCUCUAUAGAAGUGAUUCGGGAAAUCUUGCAAUUGAGCCUCGCAUCCACUCUCUGGCUUCUGAAGUGGGCAUGUCUGCAUAUCUCAUGUCUCAAUGUAUUCGCCAAUACUUCCGCCAUUUGUACCCGAUUCGACCAAUGAUCCACGAGUCCUCUUUUCACCAACGUCUACAAUCCUCCGAAGAUCUUAGCCUGGAAGAAAAGGUUCUUGUACUCUCCCUCUGCGCCAUGACAGUCCUGCACGCUGCCCCUGAAUCCGAUCUUACACUGGACAAGAAAUUGCAACUGGGCAAGCAGUUCCUCGAUGCUUGCUUCUUCCUUCGCACCAAUGUCGACUGGACCGAGACUGCCACCCUCCUUUCUGUGCAAGCCAGUUAUCACAUGUGUGUUGCCCUUUUCGAACUCAAGAAGCCCCGAGCCCAUCAUUUCUAUAUCCGCGAAGCCAUUGGUCUUGCUUUGGACCUUGGCCUCCACUUGGACUCGACCUACCUUCAUAUGAGCGAGCUUACGGCAAUCUGUGCCCGCCGCACCUUUGCCAUCUUGUUCAUCACCGAAAGAGGUCUGGCCAUUCUCCGAAACAAACCUACCCUCAUCACGCGUAUUCCUCGUCUGUCGCCCGAGUACUUUGACGAACAGGAUGGAAUUGUCCUCGCUGGCUUUUCUGCCUUGGUCAACCUCUUUUCCAUCCUUGACGAGAAGUUUGUGCGUUUGUGGAGCACCAGUGCCGAGGAGGAUGUGUCCGCCACCGAGCCCAUCGACAACAUUGCCGCUCUACAGCACGGUUUGAAUGAAAUGAUGUUGGAUCACUUUGCCAUGACCGACAUUCAAAAGGCCGACGUUCUCGUUACGCGUCAUUGGCUACGCUUGAUCUUCUGGCAGGCAUCCAUGCGCCAGGGUCUCAUUAGCUAUAGCGCCGCCGACCCCAUAUUUUCGUCGUCAUAUCCCAUCACUAUCGGCCAAGACCUUUGCAACUCCAUCAGCGACAUCUCGUACGAAGCUGUUUUGGUGCACGGCUUGGGCAUCUUUGAAAAGCUCUUCGAAGUGGCAUAUACUCUGAUGGACGCCUUGACCAUUGCCAACGUGGGGUGGAGUGAGAGUCGUGAGUUGAAAUUCUUGUUUGAUCUCCUGGCGGCCAGUCCCAACAGUCAAAAUACAUAUGUCAAGAUGCUGGCCACCAAGAUUGAAACCGAACGGAGCCAGUCAGGCAGUCCACACGGAAUGGGAGGAAUACCGUUCACCGACAACAUGCCCCAGGUUAUUCUUUGACCAGAUUCAAUACUGUUGACAGAGCGUGCAUAUAUUGAAUUAAGAUGCGGACAUUUGCUAGAUUUGCCCAGAUACCCUACGCUUGAUUGGAUAUUAAUACAAUUACAGUCCUUUAUCGGGACUUUUCGCCCAGA